UAGUCAGUCAUGGGGGAAGUGGCGUUUCUGCAGGUUCCUCAGCCUUAGCUGGGCAAUUUUAACAAUUAUACAAUUAAAAAUAUAUAUAUCGUAAUUAAAAAGCACACCACCGACAUGGCCAACAACAUAGCGAAGAAGGUGUCGUGGUCCGGAGAGGGGACUCCGCUUCUGAACGGGGCUGAGGAGAGCAGAUACAGCGGGCAGCAAUCCGGAGGCAGUAUGUUUCACAUAGGCCGUAUGAGCACUGUGGAUCUGGAGGAGGAGGCUAUAACGACAGAAGAGCCUGAUGCUGUGAGGCAUCAACCUAGAGAGAUUCCGCACAACGAGAAGUUGCUCUCGCUCAAAUAUGAGAGUCUGGAUUAUGACAACAGCGAGAAUCAGUUGUUUCUGGAAGAGGAAAGGCGCAUGAGUCACAUGGGCUUCAGGUGUCUGGAGAUCAGUCGCUGGUUCAUUUGUGGGCUGAUCGGCUUUCUGACAGGACUCAUCGCCUGCCUCAUCGAUAUCAUGGUGGAGAAACUGGCUGGAGUAAAGUACGAUGUGGUCAAGGAGUACAUAGAGAAGUUCACCACAGACGGAGGUCUGUCCGUCUCUCUCAUCCUGUGGGCGGUCAUGAACUCGGCUUUUGUCAUGGUCGGCUCCAUCCUCGUCGCGUACGUUGAGCCCAUCGCUGCGGGGAGCGGGAUUCCACAGAUCAAGUGUUACCUAAACGGAGUGAAGAUCCCUCGAGUCGUCCGGCUCAAGACUCUGUUGGUGAAAGUGUGUGGUGUGAUCUGCUCAGUGGCUGGAGGACUCGCUGUGGGAAAGGAAGGGCCGAUGAUUCACUCGGGAGCCGUCGUGGCAGCCGGGGUGUCCCAGGGCAGGAGCACGUCUCUCAAGAAAGACUUCAAGAUCUUCGAGUAUUUCCGCAGGGACACGGAGAAAAGGGAUUUCGUCUCUGCCGGAGCAGCUGCUGGAGUUUCUGCUGCCUUCGGAGCUCCUGUUGGUGGAGUUUUGUUCAGUUUAGAGGAAGGGGCGUCCUUUUGGAAUCAGAUGCUGACCUGGAGGAUUUUUUUUGCGUCGAUGAUCUCAACCUUCACUUUGAACUUCUUUAUGAGUGUCUACAAUGGGAACAUGGGCGAGCUCUCCAACCCUGGUCUCAUUAACUUCGGCAGGUUUGAAAGUGUGCAGUAUUAUAUUUAUGAGAUUCCACUCUUCAUCAUCAUGGGAGCCAUCGGUGGCUUUCUUGGAGCGCUAUUUAACGCCAUCAAUUACUGGCUGACGAUAUUCCGAAUCAGGUACGUGCACCGGCGGUGCCUGCAGGUGAUGGAAGCCAUGCUGGUGGCUGCCGUUUCGGCCACCGUGUCCUUCACCAUGAUUUAUUUCUCCACCGACUGCCAGCCGCUGAAGUCUGAUUCAAUGGAGGAGUAUCCUCUACAGCUCUUCUGUGCUGAUGGAGAAUAUAACGCGAUGGCCACAGCGUUCUUCAACACGCCCGAGAGGAGUGUGAGGAGUCUGUUUCAUAGUCCAACAGGCACUUAUAACCCACAGACUCUGGGACUCUUCACCCUGACGUAUUUCUUCCUGGCGUGCUGGACUUACGGCCUGACCGUGUCCGCGGGGGUGUUCAUCCCAUCGCUGCUCAUAGGGGCGGCGUGGGGGCGACUCUUCGGCAUCCUGCUCCCCUACGCGUUCCCCAGUAAAACUUCAAUCUGGGCAGAUCCGGGAAAGUACGCCCUCGUGGGAGCCGCGGCCCAACUCGGUGGCAUUGUCAGAAUGACCCUGAGUCUGACGGUCAUCUUGGUGGAAGCUACCGGAAACGUGACCUACGGCCUCCCCAUCAUGCUGGUGCUGAUGACCGCCAAGAUCAUAGGGGACUAUUUCAUAGAAGGGAUUUACGAUUUACACAUCCGACUCCAGAGCGUUCCUUUCCUCCACUCCGAAGCCCCCGCGACUUCUCACUGGCUGACUGCCAGAGAAGUCAUGAGCUCGCCAGUCACGUGCUUUAACAGAGUGGAGAAGGUGGGGACCAUAGUGGACGUCCUCAGCGGCACGUCCACCAAUCACAACGGGUUCCCUGUAAUCAUGCAGCCUGUCUCCGUUGAUGAGCCUGGGAAGCUCUGCGGCCUUAUCCUCCGCUCUCAGCUCAUCGUCCUGCUCAAACACAAGGUGUUUGUGGAGCGGGCGCGCUCUCGACUGCAGCAUAGACUCCAGCUAAAGGACUUCCGGGAUGCGUAUCCCCGUUUUCCUCCCAUCCAGUCCAUCCACGUCUCGCAGGACGAGAGAGAGUGCAUGAUGGACCUGACAGAGUUCAUGAACCCCACCCCGUACACCGUGCCUGAGGAAACAUCUCUCCCUCGAGUGUUUAAGUUAUUCCGGGCGUUGGGACUCCGGCACUUGGUGGUGGUCGAUGCUGAUAACCAGGUCACGGGUCUGGUGACCAGGAAGGAUCUGGCUCGUUAUCACAUGGGCAAGCACGGCCUGGAGGAGCUGGACCUGGCUCACCCGUGACCUUCACCUUCUCUCUGCCGUUACUGGUGGAAAACCGGCUCCAUCACGUUGGUCGGCUGGGUGUCAGUACACACACUCCAAACUCUGUUCCAGACUCGGACCAAUCUCCGGUGCGACAAUCCAAGGAAGCUCAUGAUAUGAUACGUUUCAGGAUUUGAUGAAGCAGAUCUUGGUGUUUUCUUCAUCUUUCACGUCAUGGCGUGCGUCCGUGAUGGAUUAAGGGCUCGGGUCGAAAUGAGCAAACAUGUCUGUCUGUGGGUUUACCAGAAAAGCACAGUUUGUGUUUAGUCGUGUCUUUAUUUAUUGUAUUGAUUUCACGUGUUUUUGCUUCAAAUCUUGUCAGGCAGGUCGCACACGUCAUGGUACCGAACUACGCAGGAAGUCAGAUUGUUAUAUAUUUCAGAAAGAGAGAGAUGUAGUGAGUGUACUGAUGGCAGUGUGCCGCUGUUUAAAGGACGUGUUUUAUGUCUUCCCAUCCUUUCAAUGUGCCUUGUAGGUUGACAUGGAAUGUCGUUAAUAAGGUUUUCAGGUGGCUCUCAGAUGGCCUUAAGAUUAAUUGUCAUAUCGCUGCUUAUUUUUUUUAAAAUGAAGCUGUAGAUUAGAAUGCCAGUUGUUUUGAUUGUCCACGUAGUCUCUCUGUACUGUAUCCCAAAUUCUUUUUGUUCAUUCGAAAGCAUCACAGGUAAGAUAUAAAUUACAAUCAACUCAGCCCGUUCUGUCCCGAUCAAAAACCACUUUAUGUUCUGCUUAAAUAAGGUGCAAUGUUAAAUAUUAAUUACACUCGUUCUUAAGUUAUUUUGCACACGAAUGUUACAGACUAGAUUUUAAACUUUUUUCUUUCUUUGAACUUUUGCACUAAAAUAAAGAAAUGAGCACGAGUGUAUCUGACACUUUGACGUGUCAUGAAGAUUUGGUCUUUGCUAUUCAGCAGAUUUUCUUCAGUAUUAAAUUCCAGAUAUGUCCUUUAAAUUAUACUUUUUUAAUUAUUAUUAUUAGCAUUUUCAUCUGUUAACAUAAAUGAGACAUAAAUACAGCGCACAUCAUUGUUUUCCAUUCUGUAAAACGGACCCACAUACAGUUAACACUGUUUUCAUCGUACACAGCUUAUGUUUUAAACAUAACAUUUCUUUGGUUUAUUGACUGGUUUUACCAAUGUAUAAAUAUAUUUGUGGACUAAUAAAUGUUGAUAAUCGGUUGUGUAA